UACGUCACUUCCGCCUGCCAAUCCCCUAGCAACCGGUCGCCAUAUUGAAUUGGUUGAAAACAAACCAGCUCACAGCGAACACAGCAUUGACAGAAAAGGCAUUUAACGAGGUUUCACGGCAUUUUAAACUGUUCUAAAUGGCGUAUGAUUAUGUAAAUAGUCUUUCCAGUGAGGCUAGGUUAAGAUACGAGUUAAAAUGUUCUGUAGUCGGAUUAAACGACUGCCCUUACCGCCUUCCAGCAGAUGCGUGGACUGAUAAUCCUACACAAUGGCCGGACAUGGAAUUUGGAAAUCUUUAUGUCUACCUCACAAGCGCACCAGGAGCGGUUGUCUUCUCUAAUGUGGAGGAGAUUGCUGCUCAGGGCGACCACCUGUCCAUCUCAGGUGGGACCCCUAAGCUCUGCCUCCCAGAGAGAUCCGUCCUCCCUAUUUGUGGGCCUAAUGACUCACAGACCUGCCCGGGCGUGGUGUGGCCCCGUCAGGGCGUACAAAAAAGAUGCCAAAUCCACGGCGGACUUCCCCGUCAGUCCCAUCACCGUCACCGACAUCAAGCAGUACCUGCGCUCCAAAGACGUUCCCUUCCGCGACGGCUUCAGCUGCCUCCACGCGCCCACCAUCUUCACGGACACGGCCACCAGGGGGGAGCGCUUCUCCUUGUUCGUGGACAAGACCACCGGGCAGUUCCUGUGCAUGGACACUCAGGUGGAGGGCAGCUGGGAGGACCUCCAGGACUGCCUGGAGGUCAUGCAGAAGGAGGAGCAGGACUUCCUCAGCCCGCACGUGCUGCUGGGAUACCCGGAGAGCGCCAAGGAGCAGGAUCAGCGCGAGUGGGAGCUGAGGGAGGUCCAGGGCAUCUGGUCCAGCUCAGUGGCGUUCUCGGACCUGACUGAAGACGAGGCCCAGCUGGUCAAAGCCAUGUUUCAGAUCACAAAGAUCUCCAACGCCACGCUGAAGAAGUUCGGCGUGCGUCUCUUUAAGCCCACCAAGAGUCUGGUCUUCCCCUGGUUUGGUGGACCCGACUCCUCCUUGAAGGGCGUGAAGCUGCUCUCCGCUCAAAGUGCGGGCGGCGACAAAGUGAGCUACAACGAGGCCACGGUUCCAAAGUGGAGCUCCUACAACAACCUGUUCGGCCUCCCGCUGGUGGGCCGCAUGGACUCCGACGUGGUCCUGACCGGAGGCGAACUGGACGCGCUGGCGGUGAGCCAAGCCACGGGCCUGGCCAGCGUGGCUCUACCGCGCGGCGCCAGCUGCCUGCCGCCCGCCCUGCUGCCCUACCUGGAGCAGUUCAAGCGCGUGACGCUGUGGCUGGGCGGCGACAUGCGCUCCUGGGAGGCCUCCAAGAUCUUCUCGCGCAAGCUGGGCCUGAGGCGCUGCUCGCUGGUGCGGCCGGGCGAGUACCGCCCCUGCCCCGGCGAGGCGCUGGCCCAGGGCAAGAACCUGAGCGGCAUCAUCAAGGCCUCAAUCCCGGCGGCGCACAAGUCCAUCGUGUCCUUCAAGCAGCUGCGAGACGACGUGUACGGCGAGCUGGUCAACACGGAGCAGGUGGCCGGCGUCAAGUGGGCCCGCUUUCCCGACCUCAACAGGAUCCUGAAGGGUCACCGCAAGGGGGAGCUGACCGUGUUCACAGGUCCGACAGGUAGCGGGAAGACCACCUUCAUCAGCGAGCUGGCUCUGGACCUGUGCAUGCAGGGCGUCAACACGCUGUGGGGCAGCUUCGAGAUCAACAACGUGCGCCUGGCCAAGAUCAUGCUGACCCAGUUCGCCCUGCAGCGGCUGGAGGAGAACCUGGAGCAGUACGACUUCUGGGCGGACAAGUUUGAGGAGCUGCCGCUCUACUUCAUGACCUUCCACGGCCAGCAGAACAUCAAGUCCGUGCUGGACACCAUGCAGCACGCCGUCUACCUCUACGAUAUCAACCACGUGGUCAUCGACAACCUGCAGUUCAUGAUGGGACAGGAGAACCUCUCCAUUGACAAGUUCGCCGUGCAGGACCACAUCAUCGCCGCCUUCAGGAAGUUUGCCACCAACUCCAGCUGCCACGUCACGCUCAUCAUCCACCCCAGGAAGGAGGAGGACGACCGCGAGCUGCAGACCGCAUCCAUUUUUGGAUCGGCAAAGGCCAGCCAAGAGGCGGACAAUGUGCUCAUCCUGCAGGAGAAGAAGCUGGUCACCUGUCCCGGCCGCCGCUCCCUGCAGGUGACCAAGAAUCGCUUUGACGGCGACGUGGGCAUCUUCCCCCUGGACUUCCUCAAGUCCUCGCUCACCUUCUCGCCGCCCAUCAAGGGCAAACACAAGCUGAGGAAGGUGGCCGCCAAGCCAGAGGAGGGCGAGGGCGAGGACGAGGACGAGCAAGGCGACGAGGCGUCCCCGAAGAAGGAGGUCGUCAAACGGGAGAAGUCUGCCAAAAAGUCAUCACAACCUGCCAAGAACCCUCCAACAGAGAAGAAAGGUAAUUAAAGAUUGAUGGGCAAGUUCUCCGUGAUCAUUUCAACAUUUACUACUGACUCCAUAAUCCCCAUCAUAAUAAUAAUGUGAUCCCUGAAACAUUUUCUACACUUUUUAAUAAACACUUUGGUCAUUGCUGGCCAGCAGGGGGCAGUUUGUGCCACUGACCUCAACCUUAUCUUACCAAGCACUGAAAAAUCAUUACGUGGAUACUUAUAUCUUUUUUUUUUCAAUUUAUAAAAAGGCUAAAGCAAAAUAUGUAUUUAAAGACAAAAAGUUAACUAUUUUUUCUCUUUACAUUUCAUUUUUGCUCUAUUUUUGCAGUUUAGUUUGUUUCAUUUAAUUUCUACAAUGUUCCAGUGAACCCUGUCAGGGGUGUCCAAACUAUGGCCCGUGGCCGACGUCCUCAAAGUGGCCCGCCAGUUUAAUAAGGAACCUUGCAUUCAUUUUACAAGUCUAACCUUUUUGAUGUUGCCUUUUUGUCGCCAUCUAGUGGACAAAAUUAUUUUUUCCUGCAUUUAUUAAUGUGAGCCAAUGCAAACAACCUUCCCUAGUCAUGGUGUAAAAAAUAAAUAAAAAUAAUCCAACCGACACAAAAUGUCAACAGACAUGGUCAUUGAACUUUGUGGAUAUUUUUUUUAAAAAGCAUCCAUUCACCAUAUCAAAUUCAAAAUGAUUACAAAGCAUGAUGAGAAAAAUGCUACACACUGCCCACACUUAUUCAUGUUUGGCACAUUUUCACUGCUUGCUAUUUUUGGUACAUACCUGCCAACUACUCCGGUUUUCCCGUAAUUAGUACGGUUUUCAUCAACCUAUUCCGGGUUACGGUUGCAGUGAUAAAAAAUACGUUUUUUCAUUAAUUAAAAAAAAAAAAGGGUGAAAACUACGCCAAUUGCACCUUGUGCAGACAAGAUUUUUCGAUCGGACACGGAGGAAUUAGCGAUGUAAAAGACCACGUUGGGACAAAAAAACACAAGUCUAAUGCCGUUGCUAGCGAUACAAGUGGAAAACUUUCAACGUUUUUCGUCGCCCAAACAGAUUCUUUGGAUGUGAUAAAUGCCGAAGUUUUAUUUACGGAGGCAAUAAUUGAGCAUGGACUUCCAAUCGCACUGGCUGAUCACAUGGGACAGUUAAAUGUUUGUAAUGCAACCUUUAAAAAUCAUUACGCGGUGAUCGCGGUCCCAAAAAUAAACUUUUCUUGCAUGAUAAUGUCCAGAAAAACUCACUUUAUAUUACU